AUGAUCGCAGCGGACGGCCCCUACGCCGCGGCGAACCCGUCCAUACCACCGGCAAAUGUCCUCGUCUGCAGCACAGACAUGUGCGAUACGGCCACCACAGCGGCAGAGCAGGUCCUGGUGCUGACGUCUCACCCGGAGCUGUCCCUGCAGAGUGUGAAUGGCUCUAUCGGGUAUGAAUUCGCCUCCCAGGAGAUUAUGCUCCAGUGGUUCCAGGGGUACUUCAUCAACGAGAUGCUACACAGCGACAUGGUCCACAAGAUGCCCAUCUCACUAAAAGGGGGGGGGGGGGGGCGGCGCUUCGAUACGGCCGGCUUCUUGCUCCACGAGACCCUCCGCAUCACCAGCUUCUUCACCGGCGCGCCGAUCUACGAGGCCAUCACUAAGCUCAACGUGUACAUGCCGGCCGUAGUGCGGGAGCAGACUUUCAAAUUCCUGAGCGUCACGUACAGCGGCUGCGCGCGGCUGCGCCCGGGAAUAGUGCUGUUGCGGUACCCCGGUCAUGGAUGGGAGAUGGAAAUGAUGGGGAGUCGCUGCUCAUCAGCCAGACUUUUGGAGCGAGCUGCACUACUGUUGCGCUGA